CACAGCUCCGCCGCCUGUUCAUGUUCUUGCAGCUUUAGUGUCAGAACGCUUAUACGCUAUCCCCUUAUCUUCAAGAUGGGCGCGGCGCAGCAAUCGUCGACGGGACCUCACCGUUCGCGACACUACGAUUCCGCGCCUGGCCGUGACGGAGUUCUACAAGCGAAAAAAACCUCCAAAUACCUCCUCCCUUCUGAGGUCCAUUGUUUCCUCGACAGCGUCAGCGAGGUGACUUUCACAAUCGAGUGGAAAUACCCGAAAAAUUUCCACUUCAACCCGGAAAACAUCAACAUCAUCCUUCCCGAUGAUGAAUUGCCGCAAAUCGGACUGCUUUUCGCUCUCUGUGACAAGCACGGGCACCAAAGAAGGAAUCUCGAGCAUCCCGAGGUGAAGGACGUUUUCAGGAUCGAGAUUGACGAGAAUUGCGGUCGUGAUAGCGGUCUUCAAAAUACUAGCGGGACCACUAGCGGCUCCGCUGCAGCACCUGCUUCGCGGCAGAAAAUUUCCCGCAACACUCUGACUUUUUCCCUUCACAAAUUGCCUCCGUGGUGCGACACCAUUGUGAUUGGAACACAGCCGGCGGAACGGAACGCGGCGCACCGAUAUCAAAGGGCCGAAGUCACGCUGCGGGUGGCGCAGGUAUGAAAUGAUACAUAGUUGCGUCUUCAUCUACUAGUGCCGGUUUUGAACAUCAAUAAACACAAUAAACACACCCUGCAUUUUUCCAACUCAAAACUCUACCUGUGAAGAUGCGAUACAUACUUACAGGAUCUGAGUUUCGAGGAUCUUCAGAUCGGCGGAGUCCCGAGGUCUUCCUCAUGCGCUGAUGCCGACAAAAGUUCCAUUUUCACCUCGACCUUUUUCCGCUCGCAGCACACGACAGAGAGUUCCAUCAUGAGCAGCUUCCAAAUCGUACCAGGUGAGGGUGACGACGAGCAAACUACAGCGGGCGAUUUCACUUCGGCAGCAAAUCACCUAGUCCCGGCCUUAGACGAGCCCAUCGCGUUGGCGAUUCUCCACCGCGACCGCAAAUCGACCGGUCUCUUCACCGCCUCCAGUAUGUGGAAACUGCACUCGCUGGGCGGCCUGCCGAUCCCGUCCGGGCUGAGUUUGCAGCAGUGGCUGACCAGGCAGGUGUACAACAGUAAUGGAGCUGUGAGCACGGAGAGGCUGCAGAUGAACAACUUGUACGGGGCUUUUCAACAUGGUAGAACUACGACUACGCCACAUCAAACGUCGUCGACGAAGCCCGGACUUGUUCUACACGGAACCAGCUGUCAAGAUGAAAAGACCGCCGCAGCGGAAGCCGUGCUGCGAGACGAGCGCAUUUUCAAUUUUGUCGCACGGCAGAUGCGGUUGCGAAGCGGGAGCGGAGUUGUAGGGACGAACCAGAUGCAGCAGCAAGCCUAUGGUGAAAUGGAGGGUGGUGGUUCUUCCGCGACGCUUGAUCCGAAAGGUGUGAUCACCGCGACAUCAAUCCGUGAAAAGUCCGGAACGGACGGUCGCGAAGGUGCCGGAAACUACGAUAGCACAGGUGCGAGUUACAACAACGCGUCGGGGCAUGAAGAUGUCAAUGAAAAGUGUCCACUUGUUGAGAGAACCAUCGACCGCGAUGAAGAGCUGGAGGCUGCCGAAAACGAAAUCGCAGCAAGGAGCUUGGCGACCAAUAAGGCCAAGUUGGGGCCCCGCGGAAAGGUGAAGGACGCACGUGACGCUCUACUUUGUGCAGCAGCUCAUCGGUCACAGAAAAAUGAACUUUCCAGCAGUUCACCAAUCGUAGCAGGACUAGGAGCUUCUGCAACACCAGGGGCCGAAAUUCACAACGCUGGAGCAAAAGCCGCGGCAGGAGCUAGCACUUCUUCAUGCUCACUAGCAGCUACAACAGGUACAGCCUCUAAAAACAGGAGUAAAAGAACGAGAUCCCAGAAGGUGCCGGAAAUGAACUUUUAUUCCAGUUUAGUGCCAAAACACAAGGACUUCUUCGACAAAGGGUUCUACAUGACGAGGAAACAGAAUCAUGCUGACAGCUCCUGCGGCACGAGGACUCCUAUUGUUCUCACACACCCUGAACGACAACGACCCGAAAAUGAAGUAUUAAACCAACAGGCGGAAAAUUUCUCCCCAAUUCGCCGAAUCCCAGACGCUCAUCCUACCUGGAAAGUAAAUGAGUCGGCGCAUUCAAAUUGUUCGCCCGCGGCGCACGCGCAGGAGCGAGAGCUACAGCGAAUGGACGGCGACCAAGAGCAAGGGAAGGCACUAGUACAACAGCUGCAGCACCAGCACCGCUAUCAUGCGCAGCCGGUGAUGACUAGAAACCGUAACCGCUCCAAUGGUCCGGGGAUUGAAACGAAUGUGAAAAUGCAACAUCUACUCCCGGCGCCGCGGUUAGUGGCAGCUGCAGCGCACGAAGGGCAGAACUAGAGUUCUUGAAAGAUGUCUUCAGGACUCGUCCUGCUCAGAAGAAUGUAUGAUCUGACGACCAAUAAAUGGUCGCUCUUUUGUGUUUCUUUGUAAAAUGUUGAACAGGAGGACCGCCGGCUAAAGUCCAACUUCAUGUACGAAUUUGGGAGCUCCCUGUUGCUGUACCUGUAACCGUACUUAACGAAGUUGAACUCGUCGUCUCAGCUGAAGUAGAAGUAGCGGUUUGAUUUUCUAACUAUGCUGCUGCGCGAGAAAAAUGUCGUGAC